UUGUGGCUAGGCUGCGCCAACCUGGUAGAGAGCAUGUGCGCACUGAGUUGCCUGCAGAGCAUGCCCAGUGUCAGAUGUCUCCAGAACACUUCAGUUAUGGAGGAUCAAAAUGAAGAUGAGUCCCCAAAGAAAAAUACUCUUUGGCAGAUAAGUAAUGGAACAUCAUCUGUGAUCGUCUCCAGAAAGAGGCCAUCAGAAGGAAACUAUCAAAAAGAAAAAGACUUGUGUAUUAAAUAUUUUGACCAGUGGUCUGAAUCAGAUCAAGUGGAAUUUGUGGAACACCUUAUUUCACGAAUGUGUCAUUAUCAGCAUGGACAUAUUAACUCUUACCUGAAGCCCAUGUUGCAGCGGGACUUUAUUACCGCUUUACCAGAGCAAGGCUUAGAUCACAUAGCAGAAAACAUUCUUUCUUACCUGGAUGCCAGGUCUCUGUGUGCAGCAGAGCUGGUAUGUAAAGAAUGGCAGCGAGUGAUCUCGGAAGGAAUGCUUUGGAAGAAGCUGAUUGAAAGAAUGGUGCGCACUGACCCUCUGUGGAAGGGACUUUCAGAAAGAAGAGGGUGGGAUCAGUACCUGUUUAAGAACAGACCUACAGAUGGCCCUCCCAAUUCAUUUUAUAGGUCAUUAUACCCAAAGAUUAUCCAGGACAUAGAGACUAUAGAAUCUAACUGGCGGUGUGGACGACACAACUUGCAGAGGAUUCAGUGCCGCUCUGAAAAUAGUAAAGGUGUCUACUGUUUACAGUAUGAUGAUGAAAAAAUUAUCAGUGGCCUACGAGAUAAUUCUAUUAAGAUUUGGGAUAAAACCAGCUUGGAAUGUUUGAAAGUGUUAACAGGACACACUGGCUCUGUCCUUUGUCUCCAGUAUGAUGAACGUGUCAUUGUGACUGGUUCUUCAGACUCUACAGUGAGAGUCUGGGAUGUGAACACGGGUGAAGUUCUGAACACAUUGAUCCACCACAAUGAGGCUGUACUGCACUUACGCUUCAGCAAUGGACUUAUGGUGACCUGUUCCAAGGAUCGCUCCAUCGCUGUGUGGGACAUGGCUUCUGCUACCGAUAUCACUCUACGCCGUGUCCUGGUUGGCCACCGUGCUGCUGUCAAUGUGGUAGACUUUGAUGAUAAAUACAUCGUGUCUGCCUCUGGUGACAGAACCAUCAAAGUCUGGAGCACAAGCACCUGUGAGUUUGUUCGUACUCUGAAUGGGCACAAGCGAGGCAUUGCCUGUCUCCAGUACAGGGAUCGGCUGGUUGUUAGUGGAUCAUCAGAUAAUACCAUAAGGCUAUGGGAUAUCGAAUGUGGUGCCUGUUUAAGAGUCCUAGAGGGACAUGAAGAAUUGGUCCGAUGCAUCCGGUUUGAUAACAAGAGGAUUGUCAGUGGGGCCUAUGAUGGGAAAAUUAAAGUUUGGGACUUGCAAGCUGCUCUGGACCCUCGAGCCCCAGCAAGCACGUUGUGUUUGCGCACGUUGGUGGAACAUUCUGGACGUGUGUUUCGGCUACAGUUUGAUGAAUUUCAGAUCAUCAGCAGCUCCCAUGAUGACACUAUUUUGAUUUGGGAUUUCUUAAAUGUGCCUCCCAGUGCCCAGAAUGAGACCCGUUCUCCCUCCAGAACAUACACUUACAUCUCCAGAUAACAGUCUGCACUUUACCCAUUUCAGGGUGUCCAGUCUAGAGGAUGAGAAGCCUUACUUGGCUGUGUCCUGGGACCUGAUGACCCUGUUCAUCUGGAGCAGUAUUUCCAACUCUGAAUAUUUUGCAAGGGGGCCAGUAAAUCCUGUGCACGUUAAACUUUACAGAUUGAAUAAAUUGGUUUGUACCUACUUGUAUUACUGUGUAUAUAUGUAUGUAAAGACUGAUUAAUAAAUAAAAUUCAUACUUAUUUUAAAAUAUUACUUACUACUUAGUGGCUCUUUAUCAUUGUAUGUUUUCUGCUCAUUAAAUGUUAAAAGUGUAAGGAGAGUUUAGAUGCAGAAUUGUGGGGAGAAAAAAAAAAAAAAAGGGCCCUUAGAUCACCAAGUUACCAUCAUUUCUAAUACUUCUUACUUAAGACUCUAAGGCCCAAAACACAGAUGUCCAGGAAGUUUGUCUUACCCAAGAGUCAGCAGACUAUAGGCAGAGUCCAGAUUUGUUCCCCUGCCUGAUUUUAUUCCCCUGCUACAGCAAGCUAAGAAUAGUUUUUUACACUUUUAAAUAAUUGAAAAAAAUUAGAAGAAGAGUACUAUUUCAUGACACACGAAAAUUAUAUGAAAUUCAAGUUCUAGUGUCCAUGAAUGAAAUUUUAUUAUAAUAGCCAUGCUCAGUUGUUUACGUAUUGUCUGUGGCUGUUUUCAUACUUCAUUGGAAGAGUUGACUAGAUGCCACAAAGACCAUAUGGCCUGUGACAUCUAAAAUAUUUAUUAGACAGCUUUUUAAGAAAGUUUGCCGUCCUCCAGUCUUGCCCCUGUGCCAUCGAUUAGUGAUAAACCAAGGGUCUGCAGGAAUGGCAAAUAAGCUUUUUCUUCAUCCUGGCUGAGUUUGAUCAGUAGUGCCUGGCUGGAGUGCUGCCUUUGGAAGGAUUCUGGGACCUUGUGACCCCAAGGGAUAAUGCUGUGAUGGGUUGGCAGUGUCUGCCUGGAUGUGGGAGGUGAGCAGUAACAACCCGUAAGCCACAUACAUAGUUACUGUUCCUGGUCCCAAGUGCGUUCAUAUUAUUUCUCAUGAUAGUGACCAUCUAUCUGCCUUGCCACCUUCUCUCUGGAUGGAUUCUUCCAAAGUUGAAAAAGCUGUAUGGCAGAAUUAUUACAUUUUUUUGAAUGGAGCCUUAAAAUAGAUACAAUGGGGGAUUACAGAGGAAGAAGGCAAGGAUCUCUUGAGUGAUUGCUCCUCCGCGCUUCAACCGCCCUUCCCCAAAAUCCUAAGGAAGAUACAGGGAAGGAGAAAUGGACCUAGAUGAAAACUGGUUUCCCUCCUGGUCUUUCCUCUCCCUCUUCAGCCCGCUCUCCAUUCUGCUGUCAGUUAGGAUCAUCUUAAGCCCUGCCUCUGCCGUCCUCUGCCUUACUGGUUUCCUGCCGUUCACGGGAUCAUGGUUCAACUACUUCACAUUAGCUGACAGGAGUUUGAGCAUCUGGCUGUUACCUUGUGUCCUCACUAUGCUCCCCAUGCUCCCGUCUCCUGUUACUCCCUUCCAAAACCCUAGCUGCAGCCAGACUGAACUCUGUUUAAUGUCUCUAAUUACACUACAGUAGUGCAGACCUCCACCAUCUCCCUCCCCUUGCUUGUGUUAUUAUGGCUUCUAGACAGCCCCACUCCCCCUCUGCCCUUUCAUUUCAUGCUUAAUUUAUUAUUUGAUAUUGAAAUGGUUUGCACGCCUGUCCCACUCACAAGGCCGUGGGCCUCCUUGUGUUGCGGAGCUCCAGGGUUCAUUGGAGUCCCUGGUAUAUUGUAAGCGCUCAUUGAUGUUUGUUGGGCAAGUGACACCCAUGGCCAAAAUGACAUAUUUGUGUUUUUUCUCCGAGGCCACACAAGAAUUUACCCUUAAGUAGAUAAAUACAGGUAUUUAGGGUAUUCCUGCAGUCAACUUCAGCAAGCAUAAAGAUAAUAAGUCAGUGAAAAAUUGGAGUAAAUCAUCUAAACUGACACGGUCAGGUACUAGAUACGUUCCCUAGGUAGACAGGUCACCUAGUUGUACGUGUCUCCCUCUGCCCCUGCCCCUGUUGUUUUUUAAGCCAGUUUUACGGAGAUAGGAUUUGUGCAAAACUUGCACUCGUUUAAAGUGUACCGUUUGAUGAGUUUUUACAAAUGUAUACCUGAAAAUACCUCCACAAUCAAGAUAAUAUUUCUGUCACCCUCAAAAGUUCCCUUGUGCCACCUUUGUAGUCAAAGCCUGACCCCAUCCCAGCCUUAGCAAAGACUGGCUUGCAUCAGUUUACAUUUUCUGAAGUGCACUGUCCACUCUGGUAGGCAAUAGCCAUUUGUGGCUAUUGAGCUCUUGAAAUGUGGCCAGUGUGACUCAGGAACUAAGUUUUAAAUUAAAUUUUAAUUGAAUUUAAUUGAAUGUUUAAUUGUAUUUAAUCAUACUUUAUUUAACAUUACAUUCAAAUAGUUACACAUAGGUAGUGAUUCCUGUUUGGACCGGCAUAGUUUCAAAAGUUUUGUAUUUUUAGUUUUUACAUUUCCGUCUUUGAUCAUUUAAUUUGUGCGUGUGGUGUGAGAUAAGAAAGUCACUGGUCUUUUUAUAUAGCUGUCUAGUUGUUCCAGCACUAUCUGAUUAAAAGAAUUUCCGUUUCUCAUAGAUUUGCUGUAGCGUCUUUGUCCAAAAGUCAAUUGACCAUUUAUUUGUAGGUCUAUUUCUGGACUCUGUUCUAAGUCCAUGAUUUAUGUGGCUGUCCUUUCGCCAAUACCAUAGUGUGUAAUAAAUAUUCCAACUUAAAAAAAAAAUUGCUUUGACUAUUCUGGAUUCUUUAGGUUUUCAUAUUCAGUUUUGAAUUGUCAAAGUCUAUGAAAAGGACAACCGGGAUUAUAGUUAGCACUGCAUUGAAUUGUAAGAUCAUUCUGGGGGAGAAUUUCCACCUUAACAAAUGUUGAGUCUUACAACCCAUAAACAUGGUAGAACUCUCUAUUAUUUAGGUCUUCUUCAGCCUCCUAGCAGUAUUGCACUUUUGCUUUGCUUUGCUUCCCUUUGCUUUGCAAAAGCAGCUUUGCACGUCUUUUGUUCAAUUUAUUUCAUUCUUUUUCUUUUCUAAGCUAUACAUUUUCCUCUGCACAUUGCUUUAGCUGCAUCCCACCUAUGCUUUUGUUUUUCCACAUAAGAGCGGCACAUAAAAUAGGACCUGGGCAACUGUAGCUGGAAUGGAUAGUCUCAGAGGAAUAGGUGUAUCAGAGAACAACUUAAGUGGUUAACGCUUUUUUUUUCUUUUGUAUUUUUGAUAUGUGUGUUUGUCUUCACAUUCUGUUUAGAGAGGUAUGUGGUAAAAUCCAAGACAUCCAUAGUAUGUUUUCCCUCUCUGGCAUAUUUACUAGAUGAAUGUUAGAACACAGUAAAAUUUCACAAAUUGGACAACUUUUACAUAUUACUUUAAAGUGCCCAGGAACAAGAUUUCUUUGGUUGAGAAAUGGAAUAAUGGUCACCCAUUGUGUUUCUCUCAUUGGCUGUGGUAGAAAGGAAACUGUGGUGUUACUUCUUCCAGGCCCUCCUCCCGCCCCUUUUUGGGAAUGUAAGAACAACUGCCCUUGUUAUGAUCCACAAUUAUAAAUCAAUGGAAAAAUCUUAUCUGCUUUUUAAGCAGCACAAGCAGUGAAACCUCAAAUGUGUUUGUCUCUUCAAAGUGAAUUACUUUUGACAACCUUGGCAGUCAGCUCUAUAGAUUUUACUGCUCUUUUCCAAAUUCUUUUCAUUUAUUGUAACAUGAAAAAAAUUAUUACCAUGUGAUACUGUAAGAUUUAUGCAUAAUAAGAAACACUACCCUAAUGAUGAUUUAACCUUGCAGUAAAAUAUUCACCCCUAAAAUAUAAGGUAAGAGUAUUUCUAUGUCAGGAAAGUUAGCAACAGAUUUAUUUGCUGAGUCAUUUUUUUAAAUUACUAACUCCUAAGAGCUAAUAUAUACAGUAGUUCUUUUUUUUAUUACAAGACAAUAUAAGAUCAUUAUUAGGAAAUUAGAAUAAGUAGAUAAGCCAAAAGAAAAUAAACUCCUACUCAUGAUUCAUCAUUAUUCAUUCCCUUGUAGAUAUUCUUUCAGGCCUUCUAAAAUUAUGGUUGAGAACUGUAUAUGUUUUUAAAACGCUUUUUUCCCCCCUUUAUUGUAAAUUUGUUCCUUGUCUGUAAUGUCAGUAUUUGUCUAAAUCACCAUCCCUAAUGGCAAAAUAAUAUUCAGUUGUUUGCAUGGGCCCUGUUAUGUACAUAAGUUUUCCCCCAGCUUUUAGCUGUUAUAAAAUACACUGUGUAAUCAUUCUUUUAGCUUAAUCUUUGCUUUAUUACCUUUGGAUAAAAUUCUAGAAAUGUCUGCAGUGUCAGGUUUAAAGGUAUGAUGUUUAAAGACUUUGGUUCAUAGAGUCAUGUUACUCACCAGAAGAGUUAAAUCAGUUUACGUUCCUGCCAGCAGUGUUUGAGAGUGCCUACUUCUUAUCUGUGGAUGUUAAUGUUUUAAAAAUAAUACUCUUAAAGAUCCUUCAUGCAAAAGCUGUGGUGAAUGAAAUUAAAUCUCUCUUGAACUCAUUGAAAAGGCUUAUUAGGAUUCUUGAUCUUUAUGAAAAUAGACAACCUUUUAGGAAAGUUUCCUUUAAAAAAACAUACAAGCUUUUUAAAAAAAUCUCUUUCUCUUUUUGUCAGAGAAUCUUAGACAUACAGGUAACUUUUAGAUCUUCUAGGCUAUUGGUUUAGUGCUGUGUUUGGAAAGGGUUGUGACCCAUUAGUGAUGGUGAAAUCAUUCUAAUGGAUUUUGACUUUGUUUUGAUGAAAUUUAGAAUAGAAAAUGUCAGCCUGCAUUGUACAUAGUAAUGAUAAGUUUAGGUGCGUGCGCGCGCGCGUGUGUGUGUGUGUGUGUGUGUACACAUAUUUAUAUACAUGGAUGAGUGUAGAAUAUAUGAUUAAAAUGUGUCCCUGACUCAAGGUCACCGUCAAAACAAUAUUUAGCAUUCAGUAGUCUUUCCCUCUACAUUGUAUUGUCCUUUUAUAAAUGAUUUAUUUUGAAAAGAAGUAGUUUCUGAUUAUUAGCAUUCUAUUUAGAAUGAAUACUUUAUUUACUAGUUUUUGCAUAUUUUUGUUUCACAAUGAUAGAUGAGGGCUCUCUCGGGCAGAUAUGAGACCAGCCGUUGUAGGCUUUGGAUGUCAUAAAAGAUUAUGCUAACUAUAAAAUCUAACACGAAGCAUAUUUUGUUACAUGCAUAAUUUUUAGCAGGAAGCACUGAAAGAUGUACGUUACAGGGGUCAGUCAUCUCUUCUAAUGCCCUCUCUGUCACUUAAUGGCUAAUGCUUUGAGCUAAACAAUGUGUCUGAGCCUUAGUUCUUUUAUUUGUCAAGUGGGUAUAAUAGUUUCUACCUCAUAAGAUUGUUGUGGUUUUAAAUAAAUACGAUGCCUGGUAUGUAGUACACUCAAAACAUCUUGCAGCUUUUAUUUUUUAUAUAUUUUUAUAUAAUACAUAAAGUCUAUUUUUUUUAUAUUUUUAUAUGUUUUAUAUAUUUGAAAAUCAGUAAUGUGUUAUGUGUGCACAAGGGCAUGUCUGUGUGGGUGUGGAUGGGCUGUGGUGUAUAUCUCCAUGUCUAACCAGAAUAUCCAUCCAUACUCCCUUUGUGU